AUGCACAAUACCUUCCUUUAUUAUUUCAGCCUCGUUGCAUGCAGCACAGGAGGCAGCAGCAAAGCCCCCCUUGCCUCACUCCCGUCUGUGGGCGAGCUGGGGGCCCUUGUUAGCGCUGUGUUGUUGACGCGUUCUUCUUCUUGUUGUCAUCAUAGCGCGAGGAGGGACAAAACAGUGUCUGGCUUGGUAUUGUUCAGAAUGGCAGUUCGUCGGCUAAGUGUAUGCUUGCCCGAUCCUCUUCUUUCAGUUUGUCACUUUUUCCCCCUCCUUUUCUUUUGGUUCUGUGCCUGGCGCUCUCCCACUUCGGGAGAUGCGAAGAGAAGAACCCCUGAAUCCCAUGGGAGGACCCCUGAGGUUUCUGCUGCAUUGCUGCUACCCUCCAAACAGUGGGGGCCCCUUAGAGGCCCCCUGAAGGCAGCAUUGGGAGGGGGGGGCCCGGGGGCCACAGGAGAAGAGGCAGAAGUCCUCUGCGAAGACCUCGUGCAUCCGGAAGAUCGAGAGGCGGUUAUUAAGGCCUUCGAAUUAGCGGAAGAACAAAGGAAAAUGAGUGGUGGAGAGGGGACCCAACAGCAGCAGGAGGAGCAGCAGGAUAAGCAGGAGGGGCAGCCGGGCAAGGAGAAGAAGGAAGAAGGAGAGGGGCGGCAAGGUGGAGAAGGAGGGAAACAGCAGCAGGUGGAGGGAUCGGAUACAGAAGAAGGGACUCCCGAGACGCCAGUGGUGUUGGUGAGGCCAAAUGUGUGCAGGGAGGAGGAGGAGAGGGAAGCACGCCUUUUUCGUCUGUCUGUAAGCGGAUGCUGUGGGGCAUCUUCUCUCUUCAUCUGUUUGUGGAAUGAUGCAACGAGACAGAGACACAGUGCAGCAGUACAGGAGGCAUUGGUAUACGGGCUAUCCGACUAUCCGACCCCCCCUGCUGAAGCAGCGGCAGCUGCUGCGGCUGCCGCCGCAGCAGCUGCAGCAGCAGUGGGUUCGGGUUCUGAACUUGAUCCAGGGGGCCCCUCAGAGUCUGAUGGGGUGCUUGUAGGCGCCGACAGCAGCAGCAGGGAAAAGAGCGACCCCGAUGUUUGCGAAGUGGUUUAUAGCGGUUCUUCGGGAGGGGAAAGACCUUCCUUAACAGUGUCUUCUGAGGAGCGAAAGCAGGAGCGUUGCUAUACAGAGCUUGCUGCAGUGUCUCCUCGCCUUAUGUGCAGCUGUAUCAGCAGAAGCAGCAGUGAUGGAAACAAGGAUGAGGCCCCUUCGAGCGCAGUCGUAACUUCUUCUUUCUUACGCGCGUCUUCGCCAGGUGUAUCCUCAGGUUCCCCAGCAAACAGCCUUCCUGUUGCUCCUGCAUCUCUCUGUCCAUCAGUUUAUCAGACUCCUGUUGCGGCUGAAACUAACGAGAAGCCGGAGGGGUCAUGGGGGCCGCCUCCUGUCUCGUGGACUGCACAGAAUCCACAUAUGCACAGCUACACGCGGCGCUUUACAGUGAGAGGAGGGGCGCCUUUGUUGCAAAUAGAGGAGAAAGGCCCAGCAGGUUUUCUGCUAGAGCACUCGAAGACCAUUUUGAGACGUCUCACUGGCCAUGCUGUUGCCGGGAAGGAACCUUUCUCCCUCCUGGCUGCUGCAGAUACCCGCACCCCCAUCAGCAGUAGCCCAGCAACCACCAACUGGACUGAUUUCUUCCUUGAGCCCGGCAAAACCCAGCUCUUAGAAUGCAUCAGACGUCUUCGUACCCAGGGGGCUUCUUUUUCAAUUGAGCUUCCUUACGAACGUUCAGAUGCGGAGAUCAGGUGGUUUCGCGUGGCGGGCUACUGCAGUAUGCCUGGCAUCAUGUGGGGGAUUAUGCAAGACACGACGGCCUCGCGCACGCGCCUCGACUGUGCGCAGAGGAGCUUGCAUCAGCUCAAAACUCUUUUUGAAGCGGAGUUCUGCGGAUUUGGAGUUGUAGACACAGCAGACACAGGGUUAAUAGUUGAGACUUCUGCUGGGCUCGACGCCUUUUUGGGGGCAUCCGCUGUUGGCCGGCCUUCGAUUUGUCUUUUGCCAGAACCAGUGGAGAAAUUAACAACACGCAGUGGUAGCUGCGUGGGAGCCCCUAUCAUCAUUAAGGAGCAGGAGUUCCCCAGUGCUGGUUUGCAUCAAGUAACGGUAACAGCAGUAUUGGAUAGCGAGUCGCCUGGCGAUCUGCUUUUUGCAUUAAGGGACGACAGGAGAAAACACAGUAUUUUAGGACUACAAAAGGUAAUACACGCGAUGCACGCAACGCAGUCGUGA